AUCACUGUGUGCGAGGAUUUUUCCUUGGAACGUCUGUGAGUGCGUUUGCUUGGCUGGUUUGCGACGAUUGGAGUAAUGACCGAGAGGAGAGUUUGAUUUUUCGUGGUGAUUGAAUUGGUCGUGAGCAGCGUGUAGUUGUCUGAGUGCUUGUGCGGAGAGACGAAGACUUUUCUGGCUGUGAUUUUGUUUAGCAACUCGUUCUGUCCACGUGCGGUGCGCUUUGGAUCUCGCCGUGGGUGGAUUGUUUGGUUGCUGCUUGAACGGUGGGUGUGAAGAGUGGGAACGAACAAUGGAGCGGAUUUGCUAGGAUGCAGGAGCGUUUUGCAGGUAGCAGGAGAAGGUUUGCUUCAACAGGAUAGACUCGAUUAAUGGUAUUCCUGUGAGUGAAAGAACUCACGAAGCUCGUGCAAUUUUUAAAAAGAUCUAAGCAAGGUAGUAGUCAAGGAGCUGGAGAUCAAUCAUGAUGAAUUCGAAUAGUCUUCGCCUGAAGGUCGGAAAGUACGAGCUCGGGAAAACUCUUGGGGAGGGCACUUUUGCCAAAGUCAAGAUUGCAAAAAACUUGGAAACUGGCGCAAGUGUUGCCAUCAAAAUUCUGGACAAAGAUAAGAUCCUCAAGCAUAGGAUGGUUCAGCAGAUUAAGAGAGAAAUAUCUACCAUGAAGCUUGUGAAGCACCCUUAUGUUGUGCAACUUCUUGAGGUCAUGGCUAGCAAAACAAAAAUCUACAUUGUACUGGAGUAUGUGACUGGUGGCGAGCUGUUCGACAAAAUUGUUCAUCAGACGCGGCUCAAAGAGGAUGAAUCGAGGAAGUAUUUUCAGCAGCUAAUAGACGCAGUUGAUUACUGUCAUAGUCGUAACGUGUAUCACAGAGAUCUCAAGCCGGAGAAUCUGCUCGUGGAUGCUAGUGGCAAUUUGAAGAUAUCAGAUUUCGGCUUGAGUGCACUACCCCAACAAUGUAGGGCUGAUGGUUUGUUGCACACAACAUGUGGAACGCCAAAUUACGUCGCUCCGGAGGUGAUCAACGACAAAGGUUAUCAUGGAGCCACAGCAGACUUAUGGUCAUGUGGCGUUAUCCUUUAUGUCCUUAUGGCUGGCUAUUUACCCUUUGACGAGCCCAAUUUGACGACGCUGUAUAAGAAGAUACACCGAGCGGAGUUCACUUGUCCUUCUUGGUUCUCGCCUGGGGCCAGAAGAUUGAUAAUGAAGAUUUUGGAUCCCAAUCCUAGAACUCGUGUCACAGCUGCGCAAAUCUACAAAAACGAGUGGUUCAGGAAGGGAUACACUCCUGCCAAGUUUGACAAGGAUGCUAGCGUUAAUCUCGAUGAUAUUGAUGCUGUUUUCAACGAGUCUAAUGAAUACAUGGUCACUGAAGAGAGGGAUGCUAAGCCGGCUCCAAUGAAUGCAUUUGAGCUUAUCUCUCUCUCUCGAGGCCUUAAUCUCUCUGGCCUAUUUGAAACACGCGACCAGGAGCCCGGACCAGAGAAGGAAACAAGAUUUACGAGCACAAAACCUGCUAAGGAGAUUAUUAGCACCAUUGAAGAGGCGGCUAAGCCGUUGGGAUUCAAUGUACAGAAACGGGAUUACAAAAUGAAACUUCAAGGAGACAAACAUGGCAGAAAAGGUCAUCUUUCUGUGGCUACCGAGGUUUUUGAAGUUGCACCGUCUCUCUUCGUGGUGGAAUUGCGAAAGAAAGGAGGAGACACGCUGGAAUACCACACUUUUUACAGGGAUCUUUCCAAAGGACUUAAGGAUAUUGUCUGGAAAUCGGAUGUAGAUGGCAAGGUUUCCCCAUUGAAGUAACCAAACUAGGACACGUUUCGGCUGUGUACUGCAAACUGGGCUCAACUCUGAAGCCUUCGCAGUUGCUGUGCAGUGAAUGACGCUGCGAACUCUUGCUGGAAAAGCAAGACAGACUGCUUUUUGUUCAAGCUCUUGGGUAUAUAAACAGGUCUGGCUUCGUUAAGGGUUGUUUUGCUUUAGAUUCGAUACUCUGAACUGGUACAACUACAUUUCAAAUUUUCGCGUUUAAAAUGAGGUAAAAUUAUAGUUGUAAAAUAUACCGGCAAGUGCUGGUCUGUAUUUGAUGCAUCGUUCCUGCAAGGAGCUAUGGAGGUGAUAUUGUUAGGAAGUUAAGUCUUUAGCUGUAAAUAGAUUUUACUAGCUUUAACAGGUUCCUGUAGUUGGUAAUAGACUCCACAAAACAUCGAGGACUUGGACUAUUUUUUAAGCCUUUGUAAAACAACAAUUAUUCCAUCAGUUUUGAGAACUGCCCCAUAUGUUAGGUCUUGUACUUCAUAGUACUAAAUGACAAUAUUUUUAGUUUGCCUGCGCCUGGAGGGACUAAUGUACAAAGCUUCUUUUCUAUACAUCGUCCAAAUUUUGUCCUA